UUCAGGAGUUGGUCGGAAGUCUUGUGGUGUAAAUGAAAGUGUGAAUAACUUUUACGUAAUCCGUCUUUUCGUAAAACUUUAAAACGGCGUGUGUGUGUGUGUGUGAAUGGAAUCUGAGUUCUUGCUGGUGAAUAUAUACUUCCUGUUAACAUUAGAGCACUACAAUUUGUUAUUUAGAUUUCAGUUAGAGACUGGUGACAUAACCUUGCAACGCAAACAAUAUCCUAAUUUUGUUUAGUUUGUUGGUUGAUGAUGCUUUAUUGUGGUGGGCUGAUUUGCCGAUGUUGCAGAGGACCCGUGUAUUUCCAUUUUGAAGGCGAAGGGACUGACAAGCGGCCCAGUGUCUGAAAGCCUGAGGACUCAUAGUUUUGGUUACAACGUUUAGAAUGCGAUGACAUAUAACUGUGUACUUUGUGCCGCUUUUCAGUCAAGCAUCAAUCGUUUGGGGUCAUUUGUGCAUAGAUGUAUAUCGGACAUCGUUGUGUUGAUUCGUUUGAUGACGUAGACUGCCCCGCAGAGCAGCCAUGAGUGCAGGCACUGUUACCGACAGUGGCAGUAAGUACACGAGUCUACCGUGUGGAGGUCGCACUUGGACAAACCCGGAGCGACGAUCGCGCUGAUCCGGAUCGUUGGCAGUGAAAGGAUUCAGUCGAUGCUGCUGGACAGAAAUACAAUUAAGAAGACUGUGUGGGCCCAAGUGGCUGAGGAACUGUUGCAAGAAGGCUUUGAUCUCGGUCCAGACGCGGGUAAAACGUGUCACCAGAAGUGGCGCAAUUUGAAAAGGGCUUAUAUUGUUUACAUAACAAAACCAGGAAACAAAACACCACCACCUUAUAUGGAAGAAUUACAGAAGGCGUUGGAAACCACAAGGAAACUUAUUAAACCCUUGAAAAGUGAUGACAUGGGAGUGGACAGCAGGUCGGACGAUCCCCUGUCUGACAACGACGCUGACUCUUCGGCCGCGUUCGCGCCUGUCAGGUCGUCGUCGCAGUUCCCGCACAAUCAGUCUGUGAACUUGGCCGAAGUUCUGGCCAUCGUGCAGAGUCUGGACCAAGAAAGGAGAGCGAGAGAAGAAGCUAGGGAGAAGAGGGAGGAGGAGAGAUUCGGUCGUAUCGAGGCGCUGCUGAAGGAGCAGGCGGAGCAGACGGAGAAGCUGACUGGCACUCUCAUUGAGAUCACGCGGACAGUGAUGGGAAACAGGAAGAGGAAACUGAGCGAAGGCAACGAGGAAAGCUAAAAUGGUAAUUUUGUCUGUCGGCUGUUUCCUCGUUCCAUUUUCACUGCGACUGAUGCUCUCACGUGUCUGGAUAAUUUAAUUUUAAAUUCUAUUAGGCUGUUGGAAGAAACAGCGUGCUUUCAAUGUUACUGUUUUGUACUAUAUUAGAAUGAGAAAUGUCUAACGCAAGUUUGUGCAGAAGUCAAUUUAACUAAUGCGGAGUCUAGCCACGUUUGAAUGUGGUGACCAUGUUGUCGUAGUCGAGGAGGUUUAACGAGAGUGUCCUCGUAAUGCCGACGAAGGUAAUUGCGAUGUUUGAAGUUAACGGAUCCUAAGGAAGACUGAUCCGACGUCUGUGUGUGUUUCUGACUUUGAUGUUACGUUUCACAUUUGUGUCAGAGUUUUGUAACUCUCGAAAUGUAACCAUAAGAAAACUU